AUGGCACCUGCAGCGAAAACCAUGGAGGGAGGUGGAAAGCCCCAUGAGUCCCUCGAGGAGGAUGGCGAAGUUUGGGCUCCAGUGCAGAGAGAGCGCUCCUAUACCACUGGGUCACUGUCUGAGAGCUCAGGGCUGAAGAGGAGGAAACAUGGAGACAGUUUACCGGCCCAAGUCACAGAUGAAAAGGAACCCAGUAACAAGAGGGUUAAGCCUGUCGCAAAGUCUUUAUCGUCCAACAGCACGCCUCAGCAAACGAAAGUCACUCCACUGAAGAAGCUCAGCUUAUCCAUCCAGCGUUCUAUAGGCUGUUGCAAUGACAAUCGUCUUUUCAGCUUCUAUCCACGUACACGGAGCCGAGAUUCAGCAUCAGCUAAGAAGAGGAACAGCAAGUUGUGGAGUGAGACCUAUGACAGUGCACGGGAGGAGCUGUCCACCCGGGAGAUCAAACGUCAGGAGGUGAUCUUCGAGCUGAUGCAGGGGGAGAGCACAUGCUAAUAGAUGACCUCAACCUAGUCAAGAAGAACUACUAUGAGCCCAUGCUAAAACUGGCGAUCAUGAGUGAGGAAGAGCUGAACCAGAUAUUUGGCAUCCUGAACUCUCUGCCCUCACUGCACCAAGAUCUCCUAGACCGCCUGCUGAAGUUGCGCCGUGAGGAUGGAACGGUUGAUCAAGUGGGGCCAGCAAUGCUAGAAUGGAUUCCUUAUCUCCAGUCCUACAAGACAUACUGCUGCAACCAAGUGUCUGCCAAGACUCUGCUGGAUCACAAAAGGAGAAGCCAGGCUGUACACAACUUCCUACAGCUGUGCCAGGAAUCAGCCUUCAGCCGUAAACUGGAUGUGUGGAGCUUCCUUGACCUACCCCGGAGCCGACUGGUGAAAUACCCACUUCUGCUGAAGGAGAUACUGAAGCACACAAUGGUAGAUCACCCAGACCAUGGACCCCUGAGUCAGGCUGUGAAUGUCAUUCAGACCAUCAUAAGCCAGAUAAACAGCAAAGCUGGAGAGGCCGAGUGUGAAUAUUAUAAGAAAAGGUUGUCCUAUCUGUAUGAGAGUCAGAAUGAAGAGGAGGUGUCACGUUCUCGAAUUUUGCAUUGUCAUGGAGAGCUGAAGAACAACAAAGGCCAAAGGCUUCACGUCUUCUUGUUUGAGAGCGUCUUGGUCCUAACGCGCUUAGUGAACCACAAUGAUCAGCCUCAGUUCCAGGUCUAUCGUCAACCCAUCCCUCUUCCAGAAUUGGUGUUGGAGGACCUCCCUGAUGGUGAAGUGCGAGUCAGUGGCUCCAUUCGAGGAGCUUUCACAGCAGCCAGUGAGCGAGGUACUGGUUCAUACCUCCAAUUUAUGUGGGUUACUGCAGCCUAA